CUGGCGACGCCCAGGUUCAGGUCGAAAGAAGCACUACGACGAUGACGGACGUGAUUCACCUGGAAGGUGCCCGUGUGAUGCUGGGCUACGUGGCGUCCUUCCUCUUCGCCAUCGUCAUGCAAGUGUUCUCCAAGCUCAGUGCGAUGAAGCAGCACAAAAAGGACAAAGCCAGUGGUGCGUCCAAGGAACGAUUCAACCGGUACACGAGUGACCUCAUGCUGGCUGGUGAUCGCUCAGUGGGGAACUUUGUCGAGUGGCAAGGCGCCUUCCUCGUGCUCUUUUGGACGAAUAUCGUGGCUGCGGGGGCAAAAGAAGUCUGGCUUGGCUGGGUUUAUGUUGGCAUCCGCUUUGCAUACCCCAUCUUAGCCUACUUGGGAGGCAUCAAGCAGAGCGGUGCCCAGCCUCUGAUCUUCCUGGCUACUCUACCAGGUUAUUACGUGCUGUUCCGCUACAUGUACUUGAUUUAUGUAGCUGUUUACUAAAGGGACAAGUUGUGCCGCGCUAAUGCAUGGGGAUCAUAACCUUCUUGUGCAUUCUGCCUGAGGUCCUUGAACUAAACAUGGCAUUUUCUACCUGGCUGACACUGUUAUGUUAAUGCUGUGUGAAGUGAGCAUCGACACAUUAUUCCGCUCAACCUUCGCUGAUGCCAUAUCCCAAGCAAGACACGAUCUUCGUCUUGUCAAUGCGAUUCUGGUCGGGGACACACGGCACAACUCCCCAUGGUC